CAAUAUUCAGAAUUUAUUGCCAAAAACAACUUAAAAAUAAUAAAGGCUUGACCAUGAUGAUGAAGAAAUCAUUUACAAGGAGAAGUCAGAAAGAUUUUUAAGAUUAUGGUAUGCUUGAUGGAACUGCUGUUUCAAUUUCAAAAAUGGAACUUAGGGCUUGAAUAUGAUGAUAUGAGCAAGAAACAUGACACUUUCAUUUAAAUUCCAAGGGGCAUCAUGCCAUCAUAGUUGCUGUUGAUUCAUAUACUUCUGCUGAAAGUUUCAUUGCUACACAAAACUGUUAGAAAGGUUAUCAAAAUCAAUGCCUAUCUUUAGAAACAAUGGUCAGUAGUACUGCUGAUGUAUAUUCUGGAAGAGAGAAUUCAGAAGACAUUGCAGAUUACUUUUAUACAUAUAAAGGAAUAGAACUUUCAAUGGGAACUAUGGUUGCCAGUUGGGAUAAAACUGAACCAAAUAUUUUUUAUAUAGAUUCAGAUGGGAAACAUCAGGAUUCUGCAUCUGGUGGUUCUAUUAAUGUAUAUCAUGUAAAACAAGAUGGAUGGGAAUUUAUAGGAAAUUAUGAUAUUGGUGAUUUACAUUGGAAAUAUCAAGAUCAACUUAAACCAAAUCUUAUUGGAGAUAUACAGCCAAUGUUUAAUAUACAAUCAUAAUCAAUAUUCAGAACUUAUUAUACAGUUAAGAAUCAUUAUCAGUUAGAAUAACAAUAAUGUUAAUUU